CGGCAUGGGUCACUGUGCAAACCCUGAAAGAAAACGGGUUAAUUAUGCAGCGACGAUGAUGAAGAGACGCAGUCACCCGCCAGGAAAGAGUCAAUGCACUUGCUUGGGUAUCUGCUGUGGCUGUGCAGGUGCAGUGCAGUGUGCAGUGUGCAGUGUGCAGUGCAGUGGAGGACUUUGAGUUACGCAAGCGAAAAGAGAGAGAGAGAGAUACACCAGAUGAGGCCCAGCGAGACAGACAGACAGACGACAGCUGGCGAGGCGAGACGAGACAUGGAAGUGGAGAGAGCUGCCCGCCUCACUCUACCUACCCUAGGUCUGCUAGCUGAUUGACGGCAGGGAAGGUAGGGUAUGCAGGCCAGCUCUUCGUGCAUCUGCAGCUUCCUUCCAUACCUUCCUUGGGUCAGGAAGCCAAUAACCUUGGAGGUGCGACUCCACGUUGCCUGCGCUGCACGGGGGACUCGCACGGGACCUGUCCUGAAUACUAGUCGAGAGCCAAUGCCGCCAAUAACAUUAGGUGGUUGAGGUGAAAAAGGGGGUGUAGUGUGCGGUGCGACCAGAUCUGAUCGAACAAGAAUGGAAUCUCUUGGCUCAUGCCACUUACGGUCCUGGGUGCUGUCUGUUUG